CCCCUAAACGGGACUCUAAACGGCGGGUGGUGGAUCAGAGCGAAAAGGAGAAAGAAGAGCUAAACAUACCGACCAUUUUGACCGUGGAUGUUUGCACGGCAAUGGCGGCUUGCACGGCAAUGGCGGUCUACACAAAACUACUCGCCGCGGUGAUAUUCCUGCAGUUUCUGCUGAGCCCCUCCCACUCUCAGCAAACCGGAGCCUACCCAUCCGUGGCCAGCGUGGCGACCUAUCGGCCAGUCACGGCCGAUUCCUUGUGCGGAUCCAACGGACCGGAGCAGUAUUGUCAAUAUACCACCGAUACGGUCGUCUCACAAUCGCUCGGGUUGCUGCCAUCCUGCAUUGAGGCCACCUGCGACAAUACUUGUCCGCAUUCUGACUCGUCGCCCGCGGGAUUUCGGCUUGCGGCUGCGGGAACAUUGGGAUCCGGGGUGAUUGCAGCACUGGGAAGAGAAAGUGGAGAACAAACGGCAUUCCGGUUUCAGAGCUCUUCAGUUGAAGUUCCUGCAAGUGCUGUGCCUCUACUGAGCGACAAUGGGUUCACCUUUGCAGCUUGGAUCAAUAGGGAAUCUAGCAGCAAUACCAGAGGUACUGUUGUGUCCAAGUCAUCACCAGACAGUGACUCGAUUGAGAGAAAUUACGUCGUCUCAGUGGAACAGGGCCGUGUAAUUUUUGACUAUCUCCCAGACACUCUUGACCUCUCCAGUCUUCAAGAGGGCUCUCAGAGAUACAGAACUGUCAUUGUUGAUGGAGUUUCACUUCCAGCAGGGGCCUGGCAUCAUGUUGCGAUUACUGUGUAUGCAGAGGAUGCUGCAGUGUACGUGGACGGGACGGUGGAAGGGGUGCAGGCACUGGAGGGUAAGAUGGUGGAUGCUAACCGGACGGUGCUGCUUGGGCAGACAUCAAAUGGUGUUGGAAGCUUCAGUGGGCGGAUGGAGAGCAUGUAUCUAUACACCCAAGCCCUCACGCAAAGGUUUGUAUACACAGCGUGCUCUUGCUGUCUUUCAUUCUGAUUCUUUAGGGAGGUGCAAGAGUUGUACAAAGGAAGUCUUCCAUUCAGUUAUCUGAGUACCAAAUGCCACUGUCCUCCCUCUCAUCCUGUAAUUGACCUUGACGAUGAAACAAGAUGCAUUCAGCACGACGGAGACCUUCUUAGUAGAGGGGCAGCAGAUCGUAUUAAUCCACUUGCCCAUCCUCCUGGAUUCAUCAACGAUCUCAAUGUUGGUGUUGGUAAUGGCUGGAUAUCAUCUCCCGGCGACCGCCAAGCAAGUAUCACUUUGAAUCUUACCAAUUCCUUCUAUGAGUUGAUAUUCAUCAACUUUCGUUUCGGUUCACCGCGGUUCAAAGCGGCAGUUAUGGAGACAUCGAGGGACGGAGGCUUAACAUUUGAACCAAUUCAAUAUUUCGCUGAUGAUUGCAUGAACUACUUCAGCUUACCUGACAAUGGAGUAAUCACAGCUGCAGAUAGUGUCACCUGCACAACUUCAGAGUCCAUACAAAUGCCGACGUAUGGUGUGGAUGUUAGAACACGGCUGCUGGAUCCCCAGACUCGUCCGUUGACCUCAACACCAGCCCAGAGCUUCGAAAUUUCAUUCUCUCCUCACACCUGCGACUGCGACUGGUCGACCUCUUCACUGAAAACACCUCAUCAGGACACGAAUACUACAAUAUUCUUGAGAUCACUGUAGCAGCCAGAUGUGCCUGCAACGGUCACUCUAGUCGAUGCAGUAGCAGUAUCGAUUCUGUUUGUGAGUGUGCUCACAACACACAGGGCGAUACCUGUGAUCAGUGUCUGCCACUCUUCAAUGACAAGCCAUGGCGAUAUGGGGAAACAGACAAUGCCUAUCCAUGCAAGAUGUGUGACUGCAAUGGCCACGCAGACUCCUGCCACUAUAAUGCCUCACUGGAUCCCUUCCCCGACAGCUAUGAUCAGGGAGGAGGUGGAGUGUGUGACAACUGUCAGAGCAAUACAGCUGGACAACAUUGUGAAAACUGUGCCUUUGCCUACUUCCGAGAGCCUGGAGUGGACCCGGAUGAUCCUAAUCCAUGCACAACAUGCGACUGUGAUCCUCGCGGUGACACCAACAAUGGAGACUGCGUGAUGAGUGAGGGUAUACCGGGGCAAGUGGUCGGCCAGUGCCAGUGCAAGGCAAAUGUGAUAGGUUUGAAGUGCAACCAGUGUGAAAAAGGAUUCUUUGCUCUGUCUGCCUCUAACCGACAAGGCUGCAGCCCCUUGCAACUGCAACACUGAUGGAACUGUUUCUGGUAGUGAUGCUUGCCAUGCAACAACUGGUCAGUGUUCGUGCAAGACAAAUGUGAUGGGACUCAAGUGCGACCAAUGUGUCAACGGCACGACGAGACUCUCUGAUAUGAACAUGGACGGGUGCUCAUUCUGUCAAUGUAGCAGCAUUGGCUCUCUCUCCACAGCCUGUGACACGGUAACAGGUGCCUGCGAAUGCAAACCCGGUGUUGGAGGUAGUAACUGUGACGAAUGCUUGGAUGGUUACUUUGGUUUUUCUGACGAGGGUUGCCAGCCAUGCAUGUGCAAUGAAAGGGGUUCGACUUCGACUGUGUGUGACAAGGAAACUGGUGGAUGCGUAUGUCGCCCAAAUGUUGAGGGACAUGUCUGUGACACAUGCUCCAGUGGCUACUACAAUCUCUCAGCCGGUUGUGUGGAUUGCGGUUGCAACACUAAUGGAACAGUUGAUGGCAACGCCACAUGCCUUCAAGACCGGGGACAGUGCCUGUGCAAGGAAAAUGUCGAGGGGCGAACUUGUGAUACAUGCUCAAGUGGGUUCACGGCACUUUCAGCUGGAAACUCAGCUGGGUGUGAGGCAUGCAACUGCUCGGAGCUCGGCACAGAUCUUAGUGAAUCUAUCUGUGACCCACUUUCCUCUCAGUGCGAGUGUCUUCCAUCGGCCACAGGGCACCGCUGUGACAGCUGUGUGAGUGGGUUCCGCAUCACACAAGAAGGCUGCGUGGAGUGUGAUUGCGACCCUAAUGGCUCUUCUAGUAGUGUGUGUGAUAUUGGGAGUGGGGAAUGCCCCUGCAAUCAAGGAGUCGGCGGAGAACGUUGCGAUUUCUGCAUCUCAGGGUUCUUCAACUUCCCCAGCUGUGAGCCAUGCAACUGUGACAGUGCUGGAACCGUGGACGGUGCAGAGUGCGACGUAGUCACAGGAGUGUGCAACUGCAAGAUGUUUGUAAUGGGGGCUACCUGUAACAGCUGUUUGCUUGGGUACCAGCAACUUGAUGUUCUCAACCCCUUCGGCUGCUCAGCAGCCCCUGAUGAGCAGGGACCACCCACAACAACUCUGAGAGCAUCCACGUACAUUGAGCUCACAUGGAAUCCCCCAGAAAUGCCGAACGGUGUAAUUCUCGGUUACCAAGUUUAUCGAAACAAUUCCAACAUUGCCAACACCACCGAGACAGUGUACAACGACACAGGUCUCACACCCAACACCUACUACAACUACUACAUUGAAUCGUUCAAUGUGAUUGACUCCACCGUCAGCUCAGAGGUGGUUCUUAAAACACUGGAAGGAAUCCCAACAGGAAUAAGUGCUCCGGCAUUGACUGUCCUGAACUCGACGUCAAUAUUUGUUAUGUGGAUGGAACCCACUGUGACGCAUGGAGCUAUAUCACGGUACAUACUGUUGGUCCAGAGUGAGGGUUCAGAAUACACGGAGGUGUUCCGGGGAAAUGCAUUUAGUUAUGUGGUCACAAAUCUGAGACCAUUCACAUCGUACUCAUUCAUCGUACAAGCCUGCACUAAUGGAGGAUGUGGUUCAAGCCCCAGCUCACAGAACCGAACAGCACAGGCUCCACCUACCUCACAACCUGCUCCCAAUGUGACAACUCUCGGAGCUACUGAGCUACUACUCCAGUGGGAGGCACCAGCAGAGCCAAACGGGUUCAUCCUAGGAUACGUUGUCCACCAGAGGGAGGCCCCAUUUGACGGAGGAGAUGGUGUGCCGGUCGAAUCAGUUGAUGAGGCCACACGGUCACUGGUUGUGGAUGGACUCAAACCAUUCACCAGAUAUCAGUACCAAGUUGAGUCAUAUACAGAGGCGGGUGGAACCUUCAGUGAAUGGAGUGAGGGAAGAACUGGAGAAGCAGCUCCAAGUGGGGUGUAUCCACCAGAAGUGAGAGCUGUUUCAUCAACCUCCCUACAAGUGAACUGGACCGAACCAGCCAGCCCUAAUGGAAUCAUCACAAACUAUUCCAUCUUCAAUACAACCACAGGCGGAGAUCGAGACUUGCUUCUCACAAGUUCUUCCUCCCCAGGGUCCCUCGUUCUGAGUGGACUGGAGCCUUUCACAGAGUAUGGAUUUCUUGUUGAGGUGUGCACAGUUCCAGGGUGUAACACGAGUGAGGUACAGACUGGACGCACAGGAGAAAGUGCUCCUGCCGCUCAACCACGUCCAACCGCUAUGAAUGUGAAUGCCACAUCAGUUGAGCUCACCUGGGAGGCUCCUGCCCAACCAAAUGGCAUAAUAUCCAGCUAUACUGUGCACCGACGGACGCCUAGUCUACUCCCCACCCCAGCCCGUAACGAUGUGGGGGUGUCCUUCACUGGGACUGGAUAUGCAACAUUUGCACCCUCAAGUCCGAGUAGCUUUGAAAACAAUCUCUCGUUCCGUUUCCGCACUCUUGGCUGUUGUGGGCUCCUCUUCUACACAAUAAAUGCUGCCGAGACUGAUAUGUUUGCAGUUGAACUGCGUGACGGGGUACCGUGGUUUGUCUUUGAUGCAGGCUCAGGCCCAGGAGUAGUCAGACCUGAAAGUGACGCCAGGUUCGAUGACGGCGAAUGGCACACACUGAUAGUGAAUCAGAGAGGCAACACGGGGACUGUUACCGUCGAUGGUACACACACUGGCUCUGGAGAGUCAGAGGGUCUCAGCACGGUCAUUGGAUACACCACCCAUCAUGUCGGAGGUCUUCCACCAGAUGCUGCACUUCGGACCAUCAAUGCUGACCCCAAUUCUCAAGCUACACUCUCAGGCGAGAGAUUCGCUGGCUGUCUCUACAAUGUCCUAUUCAACGAAGUGCAGUUGGAUUUUUCAGCUGGAUUCUCAGGAGUAGGUAGCCCUGAUCGAGGAUGCCCUGUAGAUUUGACCCGUACUAUGCAACUUCUCGGAGGUGGCUACUUUUCAUUGGUUGAAAACAUUGUGACUGGAAACAGCUUCAAUGUCUCGUUUUGGUUCCGAACCACACACUCUGAUGGCCUUCUCUUCCUUAUGUCUGCCAACGGUGAAACAAGGUGUGGCAUCGAACUUCGGGACUCAUACCUCCGCUUCAUAAUCGCCAAUGCCGACGCAGUAGUACUUGAUAGACCAUGCAAUGGAGAAUGGCAUAGUGUCACGAUUCUUCAGGAAGACACCCUGCUCUUGAUCACUGUGGAUGAAGAAUUGUCAGAGUCCUACACUCUUCCCGAUAGUGAAUCAGAAAUGUUAUCUUCGCGUAUCUUUUUCGGAGGGGUACCAAGUGAUUCUGGUGACUUUAGCAUGGUCGGAGAUGCGAGUCUGAACACAGAUGCACCAUUCAGCGGGUGCAUUAGGCUGCCAGAGCCUUUCCUGUAUGUGAAUAAUCAGCCAGUUGUGGGGACUGUUGCCGAGUCAGAGUUUGUUAAUUUUGACGGAUGUGGUAGCACAGCGGGUGCUAGCUGUGUGCCAUCGUGGCACGAAGUAGACACUAGAGCAGAGAGAAGCUUUACUGAUACAGACCUCACCCCUUUUUCAGCUUACCUCUAUCGUGUUGUGGCCAUGAAUACAGCAGGCAGUGCUUACAGUGCCUGGCAGUCAACUGCUACCUCUCAGAGUGCUCCGGCUGAUGUUGGUGCUGUUUCUCUACUGACUGCAACUUCCACCUCCCUCGUGGUCACAUGGAGUUCACCAGAGGUUCCAAAUGGGCUCAUCACAGACUAUUCUGUAGAGGCCACUCCCUAUCCCACCAUGGAGGGCCAUACAGGAGCGAUGGACACCCUGUCAAUUACGGAGCCGGAACAAAGACUGAAAGCCACACUGGACAAUCUUCUUCCAUUCACAAAUUAUUCAGUAACACUGUCGGCAUCAACAUCAGCAGGAAUAGGAAUUGGACCAGUCGUUAUUCUUACUACAAGAGAAUCAGCCCCUGAGGGAGUACAGCCAGCUUACGUGACAGUGUUUGGUUCUCAAUCUCUCACUCUCUCCUGGAGGCCUCCAAACACACCAAACGGACUCAUAACAGAGUACACACUCUACGUUGAUGGGGUUGCGCAUUUCUCAGGGCAAGCCAGAAACACCACUGUUGGCAGCCUUAUGCCAUCGACCCUGUAUACAUUUCUCAUACAAGCAUGCACGAUUGCUGAAUGCAGCAACAGCAGUGAGAGCAGUAACACCACUCUGCCAGACAGACCUGAUGGCCUUGAUCCCCCUGUUGUCACUCCACUCACCCCAACCGCUCUUGAAAUAACUUGGAGUCCGCCAGACAUUCCCAAUGGCGAGAUUCUUUACUACCAACUUCAGCAAGUAACGGACAAUGGAGAUGUGAUUCAGGUACUCUUCAGGGACUUUGGCUUCAGCUAUGAGCUAACAGAUCUAACACCCAAUACUGUCUACCGAUUCCGAGUUCUUGCGACCAAUGCUGGUGGAACCACUGCCAGUGAAGUGGGACAGAACACCACCCUUGAAGAUGCACCAGACGGACUAAGUCCACCAGUAACAACCGUCAUAAAUUCAACAGCCAUCCACAUAGGAUGGCAAGAGCCUUCACGGCCCAAUGGAUUGAUAACUGAAUACAUUCUGUCUCGUAAUGGGAUGGAGAUAUUCCGAGGGAUCAGUUUCAUGUACACCGACACUGCUCUUCAACCAUUCACCUACUACUCAUACUACUUUCAGGCCUGCACCUCAGGCAACUGCAGUGCCAGUACACCGAUUGUUGCAAGGACCGAUGAAGACGUCCCAGAAGGCAUAGUACCACUCUCAGUAACAUUCGUUGCAUCUGACACCGUCUCUUUCACCGUCAAUGAAGUGACCCAGCCAAAUGGAAUCGUUCGCUACGUUGUAGCUCUUACGGGAGUAUUUUCUUCCAUUCCUGGUAGCAUAGAAGAAACAAGAGAAGUCUUUAAUGAUACGGAGGUGGGCACAGAAGAAGUUGAAGAACUUGUUCCAUUCACCAGGUACCAGAUUGUCCUCACUGUAUCUAACAGUGCUGGGACUUUAUCCGGUGAAGUGCAGACCUUCACAACUGACCCAGCAGCUCCUGAGGGAUUACUGCCACCUGAUCUCUUCCUACUUGAUGCCACUACACUAGCAGUAUCCUGGUCUGCUCCAGAACAGCCCAAUGACAACAUCACAAGAUAUGAGCUGAAGAUUUACAACAACACCGACUCCUCGCUGAUGUUGGACCAAGGGCAAAACACUUCAGCAGUUGUAUACAAUCUCAGGCCAUUCACAAACUACUCAAUCUGCCUGACUGUCUACAAUAGUGUAGGAAACACCAGUGCAACAGGCAAGAUUCAAACAGGAGAAACAGCUCCAACAGGGUUUGACGAAGUUGUAGUUGAAAGGAUACAAGCACGCUCUGUCUUCCUGUUGUGGGAGGCACCGGCCCAGCCAAAUGGGGUGUUGGUGGUCUACAUUGUGCUGCAGAAUGAAAGGGAGAUAGCAAACGUGACUCCUCCAAUGGUCGAGUACAACGUGACCGGACUACUCCCCUACACAGACUACCAGUUUUCCAUUCAGGCAUGUACCUCUGCAGGAUGUGUGGAGGGUCCUUCGGUUGAUGUUGCCACAUCCGAAGACGUGCCUGAGGGGGUAGAAGCUCCAACUGUCAGGAAUGGGUUACCCGGCCAGGUUCUUGUUACAUGGAAUGUUCCUAGUCAUCCUAAUGGAGAGCUCUUGCAAUACUUCAUUCAAAGAGCCCAGAACGGAGACCAAGAAUACUCAAACAUUUGCAACCAGAGUGCUGCCGUGAUUCGUGCGUGUGGGGACACCAGACUACGACCAUACACAAAUUACAGCUAUCGUAUUGUAGCAGUUAACGGUGCAGGAUCAACAGUCGGACCCUCUAGAAGCAUUUUGACACCUGAAGCUGCUCCAGAAGGCGUAUUUGCUCCAGUCCUCUCUGUUCUCUCAACUACUUCCAUUGAAGUCUCUUUCCAGCCGCCUAGUAUUCCAAACGGAGUCAUUGUCUCCUAUAGCCUGACUAGGCAGAGCCCAUCUACCUCCACACCAACUACUAUCGCUCUCAACAUCGAUAACCUACCCUACAUCAACGGAAGCUUCUCCUAUAUGGACACAUCUCUUUCUCCGUUUACCAACUACACAUAUUUUCUCACGGUGUGUACCAGUGCCACAGACGGCUGUAGCAACAGCGAUGCUGUUUGGGCAGUGACAGAUGAAGCAAUUCCAAGUGGAUUACAGGCACCUGUUGUUAGCACCAUAAAUGAAUCUUCAAUAUUAGUCUCGUGGGAGCAGCCAACUCAACCGAAUGGAAUAAUUGGAAGCUUUAUUCUUUUGCAACGCAGUUUUGGCUUCGACGUUCCAGCAAACUUGGAAACCCUCACAAACUGUUGUGAAGCCUAUCUAAACAGAAACCAUACAGUGGUGGGGGAUAGCUGCAGUAGAGUGGCGUUCACUGAUGGAACACUUUUCAGCAAUACUGUUCUAGACCUGGAAGCCUUCUCCAACUAUCGCUACUGCAUCGUUGCCACCAACAGUGCAGGUUCAACUUUUUCACCUUCUUCCAACAUAACACAGACCUCUGCUGCACCAAUGCCAAUCAGUGGUCCCAAUCUUAAUGCCUCGACUGUGAACAGCACUGCCAUUUUUCUCUCGUGGACCUCCCUCGACGUUUCACAGCUACUUGGCCCUUUCGAUGGGUACACAUUGUAUGGGAGGGUGGCUGGAGAUUCAGCUUCUGGGGAAAUUUUCUUAUCGGGAGAAGAAGACUACACAGCAACUGAUCUUGUAGCAAGCACAGAGUACAUAUUUCAGGUUUCGGUGAGUAAUGGACGUGGAUCUUCAUUCAGUAACGCUGCAUCCGCUACCACUGAAGAAGGAAUACCAGCGAAUCUGUCAGCUCCUCGAGUUGAAGUAGCCAGUGCCACAGCAAUCCAGGUCUCAUGGAGUGCUCCGAACGAGCCCAACGGAGUCAUUAUUUCUUACACUAUAUUUCUAAACUCUGUGGUGUACCACAACCAGAGCUCACCGGGGAGUCUGACAAUAGAUGGUCUUGCUCCGUACUCUGAGCAGACAGUGCGUGUGGAGGCAUGCACACGUUUUGGCUGCACUCUGAGCCCACUUGUGACUGUUAGGACCUUUGAGAGUGCACCAGUUGGAUUGGCAUCACCAACUGUUCAAAUAACGGGACCUUAUUCAACCAAUAUUUCUUGGGUGCCACCAACCGAGCCUAAUGGAAUCAAUACCAGCUACCAGCUGUUCCAAAGGGAGGGUGUCAGUGGUGAGCCUGCACUUAUUUUCUAUGGGCUGGCCCUCCGGUAUGUUGCAAUGAAUCUCCUCCCAUUCACACUGUAUGGGUUUGAGGUUUACGCUAUCAAUGGAGGUGGAAACGUUUCGAGUGGAGUGACAGUCGGCACAACAGAUGAGGCUCGCCCAACCUCUGUUGAUGCUCCAACUGCUACUGUUGUAUCGGCAACAGAGAUAGGGCUCAGUUGGCGAGAACCGCAAGAGAUCAAUGGAAUGCUUAUCGGCUAUAGCCUCUACAGAAAUAGUAUCCCACUUCUGACAUUUGAGUCACGCAUUUCCUACACCGAUUCAAAUUUGGAGCCUUUCAUAGAAUACACAUAUUCUGUUGAAGCUUGCACUAAUGCGGGGUGUACAUUAAGCGAUUCUGUUACAAACACGACUCUGGAAGCAGUUCCGGAAAUGGUGAGUCAGCCUACCUUUCUUGAGGUGCAAGCUCGGUCUCUUGUCAUCGCUUGGGAAGAGCCUGGUCGAAGAAAUGGCAUCAUUACUCAGUAUGUACUCUAUCAGGUUGACGAUGGGGGGAACAUUACAGUUUUGUCGGAUGGUUUAGAGCGAAUGGUUGCGCUGGAUAAUCUGACACCUUUCACCACCUACUCUUUCUAUGUCGACACCUGUAACGGUGCUGGGUGUACUUCAAGUCCCACUGUCAGUGAAACUACACUACAGGCUCCACCACAAGGUGUGAGAGCACCAAUUGUUCGUGAUCUAUCAUCGACCUCGGCCAACAUAGAAUGGGUACCUCCAGAUUUCCCUAACGGUGACAUAACAAACUACACUAUCCGAAGAGGGACCGAAGAUGCUUCGUCGGUGAUUGUGUUCGAAGGAUUAGCUCUUUCAUACAUUGACAUGGGUCUGCUAGCAAACACCCAUUACUCGUAUACUGUAACAGCCAAUAACGCUGGUGGUAGUACCGAGAGUGCUCCAAGCUACAUACAGACCAUACCAGACCUUGCAGGUGGUAUCGUUCCACCGAAUGUUACGGUGCUAGGUCCCACAUCAAUACGCGUGACCUGGGCCCCGCCUGAGUUCCCAAAUGGGAACAUCUCGCUCUACAUUUUGUACAUGGACAACAUUGCCGUGUUUUCAGGGAUCGGUUUUGAGUAUUCUCGAGAAGACCUUACCCCAUUCACAACCUAUACAUUCUUCUACGAGGUUCGUAACCAGGCAGGGUCAGCUGGAAGUGUUUCGGUGGCCGGCAGAACAGAGCCCUCAGAGCCAGAAGGAGUAGCCCCUCCAACGCUGGUUGUGCUUGGCUCGUCUGCUAUCAGGGUCGAGUGGCAACAACCAUCACUGCCUAAUGGUAUCAUCUCUGCGUACAGAGUUCGCAGGAGACUCUAUGGCAAUGUGCCAACCGAAUUCAUUCACUUUGUCACUCAAGAUACAUCAGUGAUGGUAUUUCAAAACUCUGGACUCGACCCGUACACCAGAUAUGAGUAUCGCCUGGAAGUAUUUAAUAAAGCUGGUAGCACUCUAAGCGAAUUCGCAGAUGCCAGAACGGAAGAGGAUAUUCCAGAAGGUGUAUUCCCACCGAACAUUCUGAGUAGUAACAUUAUGGCUCGCAAUCUCAGUGCAACCUGGUCAGUUCCAACUCAUCCAAAUGGCGUUAUUACUGGAUACAGAUUAGAGUAUAGGCUAUUGCUAGAUCCCAUGACCAAUCUCCCAGGAGAAGUUGUCACUGCUGCAGAAACUCCCGCCAGUGUGACAACUGCUACAGCUCUCGGUCUACUUCCAGUGACAACCUAUGAGUUUCGUGUGGUUGCCAUCAAUGGAGCUGGGGAAGGUUUCAGUCAAUGGGAGGUUGUUACAACUGCUGAAGAUAUUCCCGAAGGAAUCACUGACAUUGUGGUGGAAUCCAGAACGUCAUCGUCCCUCUCUCUCUCCUGGGGCCUUCCCGAUCGUCCCAAUGGACAGAUACGUGAAUACAUCUUGCUUCUUGACGGGGAAAUAGAGCACCAAACCCAGCUGACCACAUACCAAGUCACAAGACUCCAACCAUUUACAACCUAUUCGCUUCAACUUGGAGCCUGUACGUCGGCUGGAUGUGCAUAUGGGAUCGUUCAGUUGGCUGGGACCGAAGAGGCACCACCUGUUGGGCAGGCAACCCCAACUGUGACAGCACUGGGCCCGCGAAGAGUACAAAUCACAUGGGAGCUUCCCAGCCAAGUAAAUGGGAUCAUACUCCUGUACGAAAUCCUCCGCCAGCAGGAUGAAUCAACUCCCACUGUUAUCUUGAGCACAAGUGACACUGUGACACGUGAGUUUGAGGACGUAUUUGUCCUGCCUGCGACCACCUAUGGGUACUCAAUAGCUGCACACAACUCAGCUGGAAGGGUGGCCAGUGAGUAUAAGACAAUCACCACUCCGGAAGCUGCCCCAGAAGGGAUCACAGCACCUGUACUCACAGUCAUUAGUAGUUCGUCAAUUGAAGUUAGCUGGAGCACACCUUCACAACCAAAUGGGGUCAUAUCCCAGUAUCAAGUGUUCAGAGAUGGUGGAGGGAUGCAGAAUGUGUCAGUUUAUGUUGGUCUGAACCGUCAGUUCACAGACAGUAACCUUACUCCGUUCACACAAUACUCAUACAUCAUCCAGGCUUGCACUAGUGGUGGGUGUGACCUCAGUCCCAGUGCCACGGAUACCACUCUCGAGGCUCUUCCACAAGGGUUUGAUGACAGUUCAGUUCAAGCUUCUCCACUCACCUCUACCUCCAUCCGAGUUUCAUGGUCCGUACCUCUGCUCCCUAAUGGUAUCAUACGGAACUACAGUGUAGUCGUUUCUGACGGGUUGAGCUCAAUUCCUAUAGUCAGAUUGGAUCUCAGCACAGACGUUACUAACUUACAGCCAUAUACCGACUACACAGCCACUGUUGGCGCAUGCAACAGUAUUGGUUGUGCCGAAGGAACCACUGUAGUCAGAACCCUUGAGGAUGUCCCUCAGUUUAUUGCUGCACCAUUCCUUGUUGCCUUGAACCCAACCACAGUCUACGUGCAGUGGGAGCAACCUGCACGACCAAAUGGUGUGAUUACCUCCUACAUUCUUAGAAGAGACGGGCUGACUAUAAUAGAGGGUAACACUCAAGCAUACAAUGACACCAAUCUUCUACCCAACCAAGGCUAUUUCUACACCGUCCAGGCCUUCACUUCUGUUGGAGGGAGUCAGCAAAGCCCGUCGAGUUUCAUCCAGACACCACCCGACACCCCAGAAGAUAUCUCUGCCCCAACCCUCACUGUUCUUGGAUCAGACAGUAUUAUGGCAGAGUGGGAGGUCCCUGGUCGACGAAAUGGCGAGAUACGGAACUAUAUCCUCACCGUGAACGGAACUGUUGUGUUUGAAAGCCCAUCGGUGCUUGAGUUCAGGGUGGAAGGGUUGGCUCCAUUCACAGUCUACCAGUUCAGAGUAGACGCAUGCACAACUACUUGUGGCAACAGUUCCUCUGUCACAGAGCGCACAGGAGAAGCCACACCUACAGGCCAAACCCCACCCAGACUAUCGGCUCCAUUCCAGAACACUACAGUCCUGGGCUGUUUGGGACCCACCUGCAGAACCAAAUGGUAUCAUCAUUCUCUAUGAACUGAGACGAAGACUGGUACCAGAUGGAGACUAUAUUCUGGUAUUCUCUGGCCCAGAUCCCCAGUUUCGGAACAGUGGAGUAGAUCUUCGCCCAGCAAUGGUCUAUCAAUACCAAGUGACCUCUGCAAAUAGUGUGGGCAGUGUCACCAGCGACUCUAGCACAGUAACCCUGCCCGAUGCACAACCCGAAGGAGUCCAAGCCCCUGUAAUAAGUGACAUCGCCUCCACCUCUCUAACAGCCACUGCCUCCCCACCUGCCACACCCAACGGAGAACUUACCUCUUAUCUACUCUACCAGAACGGGACAAAUCUGCCAGAGCAGGUUCCUAGUGGGCAAGACUCCGUGGUUGUGUUUAGAGUCGGUGGACUACUCCCGUUCACUAUCUACACAUACAGAGUAGAGGUGUGCACGGUGGGGGGAUGUGGCUCCAGCGACCAAGUGACAAUCAGGACUCUAGAGGAUGUUCCACAAGAGUUUGAUGUUGUACCAGUGGGUGUGACACUCUCUGCUCGCUCUAUUCUUGUCACAUGGUCCCCACCUAGUCGGCCGAACGGAAUCAUCACCAGCUACAAACUAUGGUAUUUACGGGCUUGUCCCCAGCCAGAGCAACCAGAGCUUGCCCAGUCCACUGCUACAUGUACAGAGGGUCCUCUGGUGCUUGUGACCUCAACGGACCAGACUCAGUUCACGGUCACCGGGUCCACAGUCACAGACCCAUUCCCAUACUCUCGGUACCAGUUCGUGGUCGAGGCACAGAAUAGCGUCGGAGCCGUCAACUCUUCGUUCUCUUCAUCCGUUGAAACAGAAACAAGCGUACCGGAAGUGAGUGAAAGUUUGGAGUUCACUGCGAACCAGACAACUGGAAUCAUUAGGCUCAACUGGGGGUCUACAUUCCGUCCCAACGGUCCUGUACAGCGCUACAUUCUUACCCGGAAUGGAAUUGCUCUCCUAUCGAGACCAACGACAUCAGUUGUGCUAUCAAAUGAACCUAGAGCCCCAGACCUGCGGUAUGUGGUAACGAUCCAGACUACAGUGGGAGAGGCUUCCACUGAUGCAGUUACUCUUCGGCUACAAGAGCUGGGCACAAGUUCUCCUGAUACUCCAACCGUUGCCACUGAUGAUUUUCGGAGAGUGAUUCUUCGGAGAGUGAGACUCCAUACUAUAGAGAGGCAGCUUUCAUAACUGGGAUGGUGAUACUGGCAGUUUGCCCGGUGUUUAUCGCCGGUGCUAUUUUUCUGUGUUUCGUAAGGCCCCGUGGAGACCCAGGAUUCCCUGCGUCUCCACACUCGCUCUCUACCCAUCUUGAUGUCACACCGACCAAGCACAGCCCAGUGGGUGGUAUUCCCAUGCAAAGGCUGGUGGAGUCGUCCUCCCCCACCAAACACGAUCAUUCUCUGAAUCUCACACGGCAGAGUCGAGGGACAAUGGCCGGCAGCUGGUCUCCAGGAGAUCCAAUAUGGGAGGACUUGCCCGACGUGGGAGACGAAGACAAUCUAUUGGUUAGUCCACGUAAGCAAAAGUCGUACUCUCCACGUCGGGAAGAGAAAGCAAGGCUACUCGAGGAAGAAGUACUACCUGACACACAUAUAGCUGGCUACGAAAGUGGCUCCAUUCCCAGACAUGGUCCGCACUACACUACACUAGCCAAAGAAGACUUUGGGACAUUCAGAGCAUCACAGACAACAUUUGCAGACACUAAAGUCUAGCAUUAGCGCAUGUGUAUAAUACUGAGUACAGGCCUCUUAGAAUGGGCAUGAUGCAAUGGGCAUUUUAUUCCAGCAAGCAAUAUAGCAAUCCAUGCUCUUUUAUUUUCCCAACCCUUUCUGUAUACUGACUUUAUAUAUCCCAAGAUAAGUACUCUGUAAUGUGAGAGGUUGGAGUGAGCCCCCCACUAGCUAAGUAUGGUCUAUUGUUACAUGUGUGGUUGCCAGAUGUAAGGAGCUGCACCAAAGGCC